GGGAGAAGACAAUAACAUAGCCAGUAAUACUGACUAUUUCUACCAAGAAUGGAAUAAAGGACUCACUAAUAUUGAAGUAGAGCACAAAAGAUAUCUUCAAGACUUCUUCAUUAAAUUUGCUAUAGGAGCUAGAAUCGAAAUUACCUGGUCAAUUGUAAAUGAGUAUCAAAAUGUGCUUAUAAUUAACAAUAGUCUUAAAAACAGACCACAACUUAUAGAUUUAGAUGAGACUCAUCUAACUGAUAUUCUUCAAUAG